CUCGCGGCAACAACACAAAACGCGCCAAAUUUCUAUGGCGGCGGCACAGUAUGAACAGCGGAAUAUAUAUAUUUACAGUAAUAUUUUAUGUACCCGUGACAGCGCGAAUUGUAUGAAAAUAUAUGAGGAGAUAUGACUUUUUUUUUUUUUUUUUUUUUUUUUUUUUUUAUCGUUGUUGGUAAGACAUUCGUGAUAUUUAUGCGAGCAGCAAGUCUAUUAACUCGUUGAAAGUGUGUGAAGACAGGUGACUGGUUGAGUUGUAUACAGUGAAGCUGUUCCAACUAGUUAAUUAACUAGUUCUCCUGUAUUUAGUGACUGAUUUGAGUCUUGCAGAUUUUUGUCAGCUAUGGUUUUACAAAACAGUGGGCGAUAUAAAUCAGACCGAGGUGGUGAUCAGGACAACCAGCAGGAUGAUGCGUCAGCUUUGUCCGCUGUUAAGCGGCUGGAGCGCAGUCAGUUUACUGAUGGAAUGGAUGAGCGCUUUGGCUUUGAACGGAUGAAAGAACCUGGGGAGAAAACAGGAUGGCUGAUAAACAUGCACCCGACUGAGAUUCUGGAUGAUGACAAGCGGAUGAUCAGUGCUGUGGACUAUUACUUCAUACAGGAGGAUGGAAACAGAUUCAAGGUUGCUCUUCCCUAUAAGCCGUAUUUCUACAUAGCCACUAAAAAGAACUGUGAAAGAGAGGUUAUCUCCUUCCUGUCAAAGAAGUUCCAAGGAAAAGUGGCAAAGCUUGAAACUGUCCCAAAGGAAGACUUAGAUCUGCCUAAUCACCUGGUGGGCCUGAAAAGGAACUACAUCAAACUCUCUUUCAACACGGUGGAUGACCUUGUUAAAGUGAAAAGGGAGAUCUCACCUGCUAUCCGCAAGAACAGAGAGAGAGAGAAGUCCAAUGACGCCUAUACCAGCAUGUUAUCCAGUGCUUUGGUUGGUGGAAGCGUAGUGGCGGAGGAUGAGGAUGGCACUUCGAAGAAAAUGACUGAGCAGCUUGACAACAUCGUAGACAUGCGGGAAUAUGAUGUGCCUUAUCAUGUCCGCGUUUCUAUUGACCUGAAGAUUCAUGUGGCUCACUGGUACAAUGUGCGGUACAGGGGAAGUGCCUAUUCUCCUGAGAUUGUGCGCAGAGAUGAUCUUGUGGAAAGACCUGAUCCUGUCGUGUUGGCAUUUGAUAUAGAGACAACUAAACUUCCUCUGAAGUUUCCUGAUGCUGAAACAGACCAGAUCAUGAUGAUAUCAUACAUGAUAGAUGGGCAGGGUUUCCUUAUCACAAACAGAGAAAUAGUCUCUGAGGACAUUGAGGACUUUGAGUUCACACCAAAACCUGAAUACGAGGGCCCCUUCACUGUAUUUAAUGAACCUGAUGAGGCCUCUCUCAUUCAAAGAUGGUUUGAACACAUCCAUGAGACCAAGCCGAACAUUUUUGUCACUUACAACGGAGAUUUCUUUGACUGGCCAUUUGUAGAGGCCAGAGCGGCCCAACUUGGCCUGAAUAUGCAUCGGGAAAUUGGCUUCCAGAAGGACAAUCAGGGUGAAUAUAAAGCCAGCCAGGCUAUUCACAUGGACUGCCUCAGGUGGGUAAAGAGAGACAGUUACUUGCCUGUCGGAAGUCAUAACCUCAAGGCUGCAGCGAAAGCUAAGUUAGGCUAUGACCCUGUAGAGCUGGACCCAGAGGAAAUGUGCCGUAUGGCUACUGAAGAACCACAGACUCUGGCCACCUAUUCAGUGUCUGACGCUGUGGCCACAUACUACCUUUACAUGAAAUAUGUUCACCCCUUCAUUUUUGCCCUCUGCACUAUAAUUCCUAUGGAACCAGAUGAGGUUUUACGGAAAGGCUCCGGUACGCUGUGCGAGGCCUUGCUGAUGGUCCAGGCCUUCCAUGUCAACAUUGUCUUCCCAAAUAAGCAGGAGCAGGUCUUUAACAAACUCACAGAUGAUGGUCAUGUACUGGACUCUGAGACUUAUGUUGGCGGCCACGUCGAGGCUCUAGAAUCUGGUGUGUUUCGCAGUGAUAUCCCCUGCCGCUUUAAAAUGAAUCCAGCGGCGUUUGACUUCUUGCUUCAGAGGGUGGAGCGUACUCUUCGUCAUGCGAUUGAGGAAGAGGAAAAUAUUCCCCUUGAGCAGGUCACCAACUUUAAUGAGGUGUGUGAUGAGAUCAAGAAAAAGCUUAUCUCUUUGAAGGAAGUGCCCAAUAGAAUUGAAUGUCCUCUUAUUUACCAUCUGGAUGUGGGGGCCAUGUACCCCAACAUCAUCCUCACCAACAGACUACAGCCCUCUGCCAUGGUGGAUGAGGCGACCUGUGCAGCCUGUGAUUUUAAUAAACCUGGUGCAAACUGUCAGCGUAGAAUGACUUGGCAGUGGAGAGGAGAGAUCAUGCCGGCCAGUAGGAGUGAGUUUCAUCGCAUUCAGCAACAGCUGGAGUCUGAGAAGUUUCCUCCUCUCUUUCCUAACGGUCCACCUCGUGCUUUCCACGAGCUCAAUCGAGAAGAGCAGGCUCGGCAUGAGAAGAAACGGUUGGGAGACUACUGUAGAAAAGCCUAUAAGAAGGUUCACCUGACCAGACUAGAGGAGAGAGUCACUACCAUUUGCCAAAGAGAGAACUCCUUUUAUGUUGACACGGUUCGAGCCUUUAGAGACCGUCGAUAUGAAUUCAAAGGACUCCACAAGGUGUGGAAGAAGAAGCUGUCUACAGCGCAGGAUAAUGGGGAUGCAGCGGAGGUGAAGCGCUGCAAGAACAUGGAGAUUCUCUAUGAGUCUCUGCAACUGGCACACAAGUGCAUCCUCAACUCCUUCUACGGAUACGUCAUGAGAAAAGGAGCACGCUGGUACUCGAUGGAGAUGGCAGGGAUUGUCUGUUUCACCGGUGCCAACAUUAUCACACAGGCCAGAGAACUCAUUGAGCAGAUCGGGAGGCCUCUGGAGUUGGACACUGAUGGUAUCUGGUGUGUUCUUCCAAACACUUUUCCUGAGAACUUUGUCAUAAAAUCCACCAAUGAGAAAAAGCCAAAGGUGACAAUCAGUUAUCCAGGAGCCAUGCUGAAUAUCAUGGUCAAGGAGGGCUUUACAAAUCAUCAGUAUCAAGAGCUGGUGGACCCAGCAUCUUUAACAUAUGAGACCAGAGCUGAAAACAGCAUCUUUUUUGAAGUUGAUGGGCCGUACUUGGCUAUGAUCCUGCCUGCCUCCAAAGAAGAAGGAAAAAAGCUAAAGAAGAGGUAUGCCGUGUUUAACGAAGACGGGUCACUGGCUGAGCUGAAGGGGUUUGAGGUGAAAAGGAGAGGAGAACUUCAACUCAUUAAGAUCUUCCAGUCAUCUGUGUUUGAGGCCUUCCUGAAAGGCACGACUCUAGAAGAGGUUUACGCCUCUGUGGCUAAAGUGGCUGAUUACUGGCUUGAUGUGCUCUACAGCAAGGCUGCUAACAUGCCGGAUGCCGAGUUGUUUGAGCUGAUUUCAGAAAACCGCUCCAUGUCCCGUAAACUGGAAGAUUAUGGAGAACAGAAGUCCACCUCCAUCAGCACGGCCAAGCGUCUUGCUGAGUUUCUUGGCGAUCAGAUGGUGAAGGACGCUGGCCUCAGCUGUCGCUAUGUUAUCUCCCGCAAACCGGAGGGCUCACCUGUCACUGAAAGGGCGAUCCCUCUGGCCAUUUUUCAGGCUGAAGAGAGUGUUAAAAAGCAUUUUCUACGCAAGUGGCUGAAGAUGCCCAGUCUCCAUGACCUUGAUAUUAGAUCUAUUCUGGACUGGGGUUACUACAUUGAGCGGUUGGGCAGUGCCAUACAGAAGAUCAUCACUAUCCCUGCAGCUCUACAACAGGUGAAAAACCCAGUACCCCGUGUUCGCCAUCCAGACUGGCUGCAUAAGAAGCUUCUGGAAAAGAAUGACAUCUACAAGCAGAAGAAGAUCAGUGAGCUCUUUACCAGUGAGGGAAAGAGACAGGUGGCUCAGAAAACUCUAGCAGCAGGUGAGACUCCUGAUAUGGAGGACUUUGGUGCUCCUCAGCGCCCUGUGCAGCCAGCCAUACUCAUCAGCACGAAGAGGAAGAGGAUAUCUCAAGGAGAGGAUAGCCAGGCCGAGUCACAAGAGCAAGAGCUCACACAGUCUUGGAGAGAAAUCCUGGGGCCACCACCAGCUAUGGGCGCCACCCGGGAGGAAAUUCUUGUCUGGUUGCGCUACCAUAAGAAAAAAUGGGAGCUGCAGCUUCGUCAGAGAAAGGAACGACGAAAACGACGCCGUUUGAUUGAUGGCGAAUCUCAGCCGACCGGAGGCGGUGUAAUCCGAGAUGGACCGACGACAGGACUAGGCAGCUUCCUGCGGAGAACCGCCCGCAGUAUUCUAGACAUGCCCUGGCAAAUUGUACAGAUUGCAGAGACCAGCCACCCAGGUCUUUAUAAGCUGUGGGCGGUCAUUGGCAGUGACCUGCACUGCAUGAAACUCAACAUCUCACGAGUGUUUUAUGUCAAUCAGAAGGUGCCCAAGCAAGAAGAGGCAGCUAAUUGCAAAAAGGUGAACCGCAUACUUCCACGCUCUGGUGUGGUGUAUUACCUGUACCAGUAUGCUGUUCCUGAGGACAUGUACCAGGAACACAUCAAUGAGAUCAAUGCUGACCUCUCAGCUCCUGAUAUUGAGGGUGUCUAUGAGACACAGGUUCCGCUGCUUUUCCGGGCUCUGGUCCAGCUGGGCUGCAUGUGUAUGGUCAAUAAACAGGUGGUCAGAGACCUGGCUGGCAGAGAGGCUGAUACCUUCGACCUGGAUCACCUAGAGAUGAGAUCACUGGCCCAGUUCAGCUACCUUGAGCCAGGCAGUGUAAGGCACAUCUACCUGUACCAUCACAGCCAGGGCCAUAAGGCUCUGUUUGGCCUCUUCAUACCAUCCCAACGCAAAGCCAGCAUCUUUGUACUUGACACGGUACGCAGUAAUCAGAUGCCGAACCUGAGUUCGUUGUAUGGAGCAGAGCGCACAGCACUGCUGGAGAAGACCACAGAGGACCUUCUGCCACCUGAGAAACAUCUGUUUGAAGUACGUGCUGAAAAUGACGUCAAAGCCAUCUACCGUGCACUGCAGCGCAUUCUCCUCAACUACAAGGAGGAGCGUCGCGGUCCGACCCUGAUCGCCGUUCAGUCUAACUGGGAACUACGCCGUCUGGCGGCUGGCAUGACUGUACUGGAGGAGUUCCCGGUGGUCCCGGUUCACGUUAUUGAUGAGAUAAGUUACAAUGUACUGGACUGGCAACGGCACGGAGCUCGCCGCAUGAUAAAACACUACCUAAACCUGGACAGCUGCCUCUCGCAGGCUUUUGAUAUGGCCAGGUAUUAUCACCUGCCUGUGGGAAAUCUGCCUCAAGACAUUUCUAUAUUUGGAUCGGAUCUAUUUCUUGCACGUCAUCUGAGAAAGCACAACCACUUGUUGUGGCUGUCACCUACGGCACGUCCAGACCUUGGGGGGAAAGAGGCUGACGACAGCAGACUGGUGAUGGAGAGUGAUGAGAGAGGCUCCAUGGAGAUCAAUAGCCAUGGAUGCUACUCCACAGUUUGUGUGGAGUUGGAUAUUCAGAGUUUGGCAGUAAACACCAUUCUACAGUCCCAGCAUGUUAACGACAUGGAAGGCGGAGCCAGCAUAGGGGUCAGCUUUGAUGUCAUUCAGCAUGCAUCUCUGGAGGAAAUGAUGUCAGGGAAUCAGGCGGCAAACGCAGUGGCCAGCUAUGAUGAGACAGCACUCUGCUCCAACACCUUCAGGAUUCUGAAGAGUAUGGUUGUCGGUUGGGUUCGAGAGAUCACACAGUAUCAUAACGUCUAUGCUGAUAACCAGGUGAUGCAUUUUUACCGGUGGUUGCGAUCACCCAGUUCUCUGCUGUACGACCCGGCCCUGCACCGCACCCUCCUCAACAUGAUGAAAAAGAUCUUCCUGCAACUUGUGGCAGAGUUUAAACGGCUGGGAUCAUCUGUGAUCUAUGGGAACUUCAACCGUCUCAUUCUUUGCACCAAGAAACGGCGCAUUGAUGAUGCCAUUGCAUACGUGGAGUACAUCACUAACAGUAUUCAUUCAAAGGAGAUCUUCCACUCUCUGUCCAUCACAUUCUCACGCUGUUGGGAGUUUCUGCUGUGGAUGGAUCCAGCUAACUGUGGAGGAGUAAAGGGAAAGCUGCCCUCUAGCCUUCUGUAUGGAGAGCAUGCCAAUGAAAAGAAGAAAAAUAAGGAUGGAGAAGAGGAGGAUGGAAGUGAGGAUGAGGAUGAAGAUGAAGUAAACCAAGGGGAGGAUGAAGAACAGGAUGGCGAAGAUGAUGUGGAAGACCUGAUUGAAAGUAACUGGAAUAUCAUGCAGUACCUUCCUCAGACGGCAUCCUGUCAGAAAUACUUUCUCAUGAUCAUCUCAGCCUACAUUGCAGCUGUAUAUCACAGCAUGAGACAAGAGCUUCGGCGAAACGCCCCUGGUGCUACUCCCAUUAAGAGACGAGGAGCAACCCAAGCAUCCCAGCAGCCAACUGGGGACGUCAGUGCACUUCCCGGUCUGAUUACAUUCUCCCAGGAGUAUGUGUCAAGUGAACUCACACAGAACUUCUUCACCAUCACUCAGAAGAUUCAAAAGAAGGUGUCAAGCACUCGUAGUGUUACACUCCCAUCUGAGAUGUUUCCUGUUCUUCCUGGUUCUCACUUGCCCCUCAACAACCCAGCUCUGGAGUUUAUUAAAUACGUCUGCCAGGUGCUCUCUCUGGACGCCAACAUUGUCAAUCAGGUGAACAAACUCAACGAUCUUUUGCGAUUGGUGGACGUUGGAGAAUUUUCGGAGGACGCCCAGUUCCAUGACCCCUGCAAGUCCUACGUCCUCCCAGAGGUCAUCUGCCACCACUGUAACUUCUGUCGUGACCUUGACCUCUGCAAAGACCCUGCAGUUUCCCAGGAUGGUUCAGUUCUUCCUCAGUGGUUCUGCUCUAACUGUCAGGCCCAGUAUGACACAGAGUCCAUAGAAAUGGCUCUGGUGGAGGCACUCCAGAAGAAGCUCAUGAGUUACACACUACAAGACCUGGAAUGUGCCAAAUGCAAAGGAGUGAAGGAAGCAAACAUGCCGCUGUACUGUAGCUGUGCUGGAGAUUUCAACCUCAGCUUCACCACAAAGAGCUUCACUGAGCAGGUGGAAGUGUUCCGGAACAUUGCCGCCCACUAUAACAUGAACUUCCUGCUGGAGACCAUUGACUGGGUGCUUAGUAUGAAUGCGUAGAUGCUUUUUCACCUGAUAUGCUCCAUCAUUUGUGCCAUUUGUACAGAUCUGAAUUCAUUUGAAAUGUGUGUACAUUAUAACAAUGGAAAUGUUUUGGUAAUGGAACUUUUUAUU